AUGGACCGGAAUGAGCUUCCCCCUGGUUCUGGGGUUGUCGCGCAAAAGCCUACGGUCGUGAGCUCUUGUGGCGCACCGUCGUCUCAUUGCGCAAGCCGCUGCGACACCAGACUGUCCAACCAGUGCGGCCCGACCAAACACGACAUGAUGGACGAGACGGAGGACAGCGAAGAAGAACCCAAGUUUCAACAUCCUCGACUCAGACGAGCUGGUACCACAGGAGGAGGAGGAGGAGGAGGCAACAAUAAGAUGCAAAACUUCGCGUCGGGAGGGGGAGCCGCGCUCAAGAGCUCCUCCAACGACGAGAUCCCGGUGGUCCAAGACACUUCCGAGCUUGAGCAAGUGGAAGUAUUCGCUCCCGCGGACGCAGCCACAGCAGUUAGGACGUUCGCGCCUGCGCGUCUGAGUGAUGCGGCGGCACGCGACGAUCCCGAUCCCGGGAAAUCGUCUCCUCUCGCGCUCACGGUAGAUGCCUGUAAUGUUCCGGGAGAAGGAGGUGGCCACGGCGCAGCUCCACUUUCAGCAAUGAAGUGCAACAAAAACGGCGAGUGCAGGAGAGGCUCAGGCACGGGCAGCUUGCGCUCCAUCAUGUCCAAGCAGGACAAGCAGGAUGCCAAUAAACGCGCGACGAGCACCUCAACUUCCGGCACGGACGCGCCUGCGGGCCCUGGAGACUCCUCUAGUCCCGCUGCCGUCCCGGACAAGAAGGACUCCAAGGUGUCGUUUUCCAAUGCACCGAGUCGGAAAGCGUCCGCUUCCAUGCAGAGCCAGCAGCAGCAGCCCAGGAACUCUGUGACGUUCCUCAAGUCCGAGGACGGAACACAGAUCGCAUCCGAGGAUUCGGAGACGCGCGGGAGCCAAGCGAGCUUCAUGCAGAGACAGUUCGGCAGCAUGCUGCAGCCGGGGGUCAACAAAUUCUCCUUACGAAUGUACGGCAGCCAGAAGGCGGUGGAGAGAGAGCAAGAGCGCGUCAAGUCAGCUGGAAAGUGGAUCAUUCACCCUUACAGCGACUUCAGGUUCUACUGGGAUUUUACAAUGCUCCUCUUCAUGGUGGGCAACCUGAUCAUCAUUCCAGUAGGCAUCACAUUCUUCAAAGAGGAGACCACCACGCCUUGGAUCAUCUUCAACGUUGUCUCCGACACCUUCUUCCUCAUGGACUUGGUGCUCAACUUCCGCACGGGCAUCAUCAUCGAAGACAAUUCCGACAUCAUCCUGGAUCCCAAGACCAUCAAGAAAAAGUACCUGAAGACAUGGUUUGUGGUGGACUUUGUCUCGUCUAUCCCCGUGGAUUACAUUUUUCUCAUUGUGGAGAAAGGAAUAGACUCUGAGAUGUACAAGACGGCCCGGGCCCUGCGCAUCGUGCGCUUUACGAAGAUCCUCAGUUUGCUGAGGCUGCUGAGACUCUCCCGGCUCAUCCGCUACAUACACCAAUGGGAGGAGAUUUUCCACAUGACCUACGACCUGGCGAGCGCUGUGAUGCGCAUCUUCAACCUGAUCGCUAUGAUGCUGCUGCUGUGCCACUGGGACGGCUGUCUUCAGUUCCUCGUGCCCAUGCUGCAGGACUUCCCCUCCGACUGUUGGGUCUCGCUCAACAAAAUGGUGAAUGACACGUGGAGUGAGCUGUACUCCUUUGCCGUGUUUAAGGCGAUGAGUCAUAUGCUCUGCAUAGGUUACGGCCGUCAGGCUCCUGAGAGUUUGUCCGAUAUAUGGCUGACCAUGCUCAGCAUGAUCGUAGGAGCCACCUGCUACGCCGUCUUCAUCGGUCACGCCACUGCUCUCAUCCAAUCGCUGGACUCCUCUCGUCGACAGUAUCAGGAAAAGUACAAGCAAGUGGAGCAGUACAUGUCUUUCCACAAACUUCCAGCAGAUUUCCGGCAAAAAAUUCACGACUACUAUGAGCACCGCUACCAGGGCAAGAUGUUCGAUGAGGAGAGCAUCCUGGAGGAACUGAACGAACCGCUCAGAGAGGAAAUCGUGAACUUCAACUGCCGUAAGCUGGUGGCCUCGAUGCCGCUGUUUGCCAACGCUGAGCCCAACUUUGUCACGGCCAUGCUAACGAAGCUCCGCUUUGAGGUCUUCCAGCCCCGGGAUUACAUCAUCCGCGAAGGCACCAUUGGAAAAAAGAUGUACUUCAUCCAACAUGGCGUCGUCAGUAUCCUCACCAAAGGAACUCUGGGAAUGAAGCUGUCCGAUGGCUCUUAUUUUGGAGAAAUCUGUUUGCUCACACGAGGGCGCCGGACAGCGAGUGUUCAGGCGGAGACAUACUGCCGUCUUUACUCACUCUCUGUGGACAACUUCAAUGAGGUUCUGGAGGAGUACCCAAUGAUGAGAAGAGCUUUUGAGACCGUGGCCAUUGACAGACUUGAUCGUAUAGGUAAGAAGAACUCCAUCUUGAUGCACAAAGUGCAGCAUGACCUCAACUCUGGUGUCUUCAACAACAGAGAGAAUGAAAUGAUCCAGGAGAUUGUGAAGUACGACCGAGAGAUGGUCAAACUAGUGGACCUUCAGCGUCCACGUGCCAUGUCUAUGACGGCCUCAGUCCCUGGCGGCAUAUUUGCCCCACCAGGCCAGUCGCAGGGCACUUCAGCCAUCGCCACCCUACAGCAGGCCGUAGCCAUGAGCUUCUGUCCACAAAUGGCAAAUCCUCUGGUAGGCGCAGGAAUCCUUCAGUCUCCCCGCAUGGUCCGGCGCUUCCAGGUAAUCCAGAACCUUUCCAGCCCUGCACCUGUGUCUCCCAUGCAGCCACAGCCACCAGGCCCAAUGCCAGGGGGUGCAUGUGCUUCUGCUGCCACGUCCAGUCCACCUGUGCAGAGCCCACUGGCACCAACGGGCUCAAGGACAUUCCAGUAUGGCUGCAGCCCCAUGGGUGGGCGUACAGGAUCUCAGCUAUCUCUUGUCCAGCAGCAUGUGCCCAGUCCAACACGCAAGAGUGCCCACUCUCUGCAGCAUGCAGACACCCUGAGUCAAGAUGCCCGUGCAUUGUCCACUUCCCAACCCUCUCUGCCCCAGGAAGGAGUGACAGGUGUGGGUACCAGCCCGCCAACCUCAGCCCACGUUUCCUCUACGUCCAUUGGGCCACAGCAGGCCCCUCAUCCUGCAAUACCUGGGCCCUCUGGAAUCAGAAGUGCUGUACCGCAUAGAAUGGUACAGCCUCACCAGAUGUCACCAUCCACUCCACCCCCUGUUGGUGGAGCAGGGCCAAGCUAUCUCGAGCCAAUAGUGCACAAGAAAGAUUCUAUAGUUAGCCUCCCUGAGACAGACUCCACUAUAAGAUCCAGGCUGUCUUCGAACCUCUGA